GGGAAAAAAUAGGGAAAAAAAAAAAAAAGGAGUUUUUAUGAAGUGAAAGUUGCGGCUUCUGAACUGACCCGAAGUUCUCCUAAAAUUCCCUCCCCGCGCGGGGUUUCCUCUCUGGAGGAGCCCCCAGGAACCCUUUGAAAUGGGAUUUUUGAUCCCUCCCAGCCUCGCACUCGAUAAAAUCGAUGCAGAAAUGAUCGAGGCUGUUGAGACCCGAGCAUUUCCCGGCCCGUCCGCCCCCAAGCGAGCCCAAAAUCCGCUUUUUUCAGCUUUGAAUUCUCUAUUUCCGCCUUUCAUUUGAGCUCCCUCCGGGUUAUCCCGGCAGGGCUUCGGGGGUCGGGAAUUUGGGGGUGCUCGGAGGGGUGGGGGCUGCUCGGACCUCGAGGUUUUGGAGGUUUUGGUGCCAGAUUUUGGGGGGUCCCUCCCCCCCGGCCGGCUCCUGCUCCGCGGCCUUUCCCAGCGCUCUCCUUUGUUGCUCUCUCUGUGUCCUUCUGUCUCUUUUCUUUUUUAUUUAUUUAUUUCCCAAGAUCCUGGCACUUGGCAGCUCUCCUCGGACUCAAAAUUUGAUUUUUUCCCUCUUUUUCCUCCCCCCUCCUCCAGCUCUAACGCAAUAAAACGCGGCCAAAUAAUAACAGGGAAGGCCCGGGAGUCAGGGGGAGCUUUAAAAAUAGAACGGAAAUAUUCGCAGCUGCUCUGGGCGAGAUUUGUGAUCAAAUCAGAGGGGGAAAAAAUCCCGAAAAAUCGGGGGAAAUCGGGACUUGCUCCGGCCGAGCCAGGUCCAACAAAGCCAAGUCCCAGGGAGGGUUCAGGGAAGGGUUUGGGCGCUCUCGGCGUGGGGAAAUGACCCAAAAUCGCGGUGUUUAACAGAGAAUUGGGCGCCCCUCGCCGCGCAGAGGGGUCCGCGGCCAGCGCUGGGUUGGAAAGUUCUUUUUUUUUUUAAAAAAAAAUGCUGUUCCGGUGGAAGGUCACAGUGGUCCUUGGAGUGCGGAACGGAGAGACCCCCUUCCCCCUUCCCCAUCACGUGGCUCAUUAAAUAAUUAAUGCCGAGGUUGCAGAAUAGAUAUGUAUUCGUCAGGAAAAUCGCAGCCAUGGUCUCCCUGUGUCUGACGUGAAAUUCCACUGUCCUUUAAAAAACAGCGAGCGCAGGGACGCCGGGGAGAGAGGGAAAAAAAGGAAAAGGGGAGAGAAAAGAGCGAGAGGGAGCGAGAGAAGGAGGGAGGAGAGAGGGAGAGGAGCCGGCAAUAAAACAAUUCUGGGAAGCGCCGAGGCACGCCGGGGCUGGAUUAUUUGAGGAAUCCUCUCCACCCCGAGCCGGCUUUUCCUCCUUCUCCUCGGAGUCCGGGAGUCUCGCAGGCUUUCCCAGGAAAACGGCCUCGUGUUUAUCGCUGCUACCCCGAGCUAAUUAACGGCAGCUAAUUAACGUCUUGAGCACUGAAACGAGCGCCGGGACCGAGCCCGAAUCCUUCACGGCGCCCCAAAUUCGGGAAUUGCCCUGGGGGCUCCCCGGAGGCCCCGGCCCCGCUGCUCUCCCCCGAGCGGCCCCGGACCCGCCGGAGCAGCGCCCGAGCACGCGGUCAGCUCCCACCCGACAGCUGGAGAGGGGCCGUCACGUGGCCUCGGGGUGCCAAUGUUCUGCCCUAGGGGUGUCAGGACCCUGGUAGGCACAGAAACGCUCGCGGAAGAUGCAGAAGGCCUCGUACUACGACAGCUCCACGCUCUUCGGGGGUUACUCCUACGGCAAUGGAUUCGCCUACGAGGGCGCCCAGCCGCCGUUCCAGGCCUCUUCCCACGUGGAGAGCGACUUCCAGAGGUCCUCCUGCUCCCUGCAGUCCCACGGCAAAAAUAAGGAGCUCAACGGGAGCUGCAUGCGGCCCGCGGAGCCGCCGGCGUCGCCCAACGCCGCCAACGCCGACGGCGCCGCGGGCCAGGCCCCAGCGGGGAAAAGCACCCCCGGCAAAGGCGGCCUGGGCGCCAGCGCCGGCAUCUCCAAGCAGAUCUUCCCCUGGAUGAAGGAGUCGAGGCAGAACUCCAAGCAGAAGAACGGCUCGCCCAGCGCAGAGACCUGCGGCGGCGGCGGCGGCGGCGAGAAAAGCCCCCCGGGCUCGUCGGCCUCCAAGAGGGCGCGCACGGCCUACACCAGCGCCCAGCUGGUGGAGCUGGAGAAGGAAUUCCACUUCAACCGCUACCUGUGCCGGCCGCGGCGCGUGGAGAUGGCCAACCUGCUGAACCUCAGCGAGCGCCAGAUCAAGAUCUGGUUCCAGAACAGGAGGAUGAAGUACAAAAAGGAUCAGAAAUCCAAAGGCGUGGGCGGCUCUUCCUCCGGCGGGCCCUCCCCGGCGGGCAGCCCCCCGCAGCCCAUGCAGGCCUCGGCGGGGUUCCUCAACGCCUUGCACCCCAUGAGCGGCGCCUACGAGGCGCCGUCGCCGCCUGCCUUCAGCAAACCCCACCAAAACGCCUACGCCGUGGCCGCCCCCGGCUACCAAGCGGCCCUGAAGGGUUGCCCGAGCCAGCAGAAAUACGGCGGGCCCGCGGCGGCGGCCGAGUACGAGCCGCACGUGCUGCAGGCCAACGGCGCGGCCUACGGCACGGCCGGCGUGCAGGGCAGCCCCGCGUACGUCGGAGGGAACUUUGUGGAUUCUCUGCCCGCCUCGGGCCCGGCCCUUUACGGCCUCAACCACCUGGCCCACCACCAGGCCGCCGGCAUGGACUACGGCGGGGCGGCCGCGGGGCAGCCCCACGGACCGUGCGAGAGCCACGCCACCUACACGGAGCUCUCGUCGCACCACGCGACUUCUCAGGGCAGAAUCCAAGAGGCGCCCAAGCUCACCCACCUGUGAGAGGCGGAGCUGUUUUGGGGAGAAAACGGGCGCUUUGGGUUUCAGGGAUGUUUGCGUUGGGUUUUUUCCCGGCCUCGUUGGUUUUGGCGGGGUUAUCGCGCUCGGGGUUUUGGGGUUUGUUGUGAGCACAAAAUCCAAGCGGUUUUGGUGGCUUUGGGAGGGAGGAACCUCCUGGGGUUUGGCACAAAUUCUUCUGAAAAGGGCUCGGGGUGGUUUCAUGGGAAUUCUGCAGGGUUUGGGUGGCCAAGUCCAUCGUUUCCAAGCCACGUCUGCAUCUUCACCAACAAUUCCCAGAUGCCGGGAAGGAGAAGAGUCCUCCAGCCAAGUUUUGGGGUAUCUGCAUCCAAGAAACCCCAAAGAGAUCCACCAGGAACUUCCCCC